AUGGGGAUCACGGAGGGGCGAUUCCGUUCCCUUCCGUCACUUCUUCUUCUUCUGUUAUCUGCAUCUACUUUAAUCUCAGCUGCCGAUUACUCUCCCACCGACAAAAUCCUGUUGAAUUGCGGCGGCUCCUCCGAUUCAGUCGACACAGAUAACCGCACGUGGAUCCCCGAUGUCAAAUCCAAGUUCCUCUCUUCAUCGGGAGACUCCAAGACGUCUCCGGCGGCGACGCAGGAUGCUUCAGUCCCCGAGGUCCCUUACAUGACGGCUCGCGUUUUUCGAUCUCCCUUCACCUACUCUUUCCCCGUAGCAGCAGGUCGUAAAUUCGUGCGUCUCUACUUCUACCCAAACACAUACGACGGCCUCAACGCCACGGCCUCCCUCUUCUCCGUCUCCACCGGCCCUUACACUCUCCUCAAAAACUUCAGCGCCGCUCAAACUGCGCAGGCGGUGUCAUACGCUUUCAUCAUCAAGGAGUUCAUCGUCAACGUCGACGGCGGAGCAUUGAACCUGACAUUCACGCCGGAAUCGAAACCUUCCAACGCUUACGCGUUUGUUAACGGGAUUGAGGUGACCUCGAUGCCUGAUCUCUACAGCAGCACGGACGGGACGUUGGUGAUGGUGGGAUCGCCUACUGCGGUCACCAUCGACAACAGUACUGCUCUUGAGAAUGUUUAUCGGCUCAACGUUGGAGGCAACGACAUCUCCCCCUCCGCCGAUACAGGUCUCUACAGAUCUUGGUACGACGAUCAGCCUUACGUUUUCGCCGCCGGGCUCGGAAUCCCGGAGACUGCUGAUCCCAACAUGACCAUUAAGUAUCCCACCGGCACACCUGAGUAUAUCGCUCCGAAGGACGUUUACUCGACGGCUAGGUCGAUGGGACCAAGUGCUGCUCUCAAUGUCAACUACAAUCUGACUUGGAGCUUCAGUGUUGACUCCGGCUUCAUUUACCUCGUCAGGCUCCAUUUCUGUGAGGUCUCUCAGAACAUCACCAAGCCUAACCAACGCGUGUUUACCAUCUUCCUCAACAAUCAAACCGCUGAGCCUGAAGCUGAUGUGAUUGCGUGGACGGAUGGAAACGGGAUUGCGUUUCACAAAGAUUACGUUGUGAAUCCUCCGGAAGGGAAGGGACAGCAAGAUCUCUGGCUUGCUCUCACUCCAAACCAGAGGAACAAGCCGCAGUAUUAUGAUUCUAUUCUUAACGGAGUUGAGAUAUUCAAGAUGAAUGCAACGGAUGGUAAUCUUGCGGGUACCAAUCCUAUACCUGGUCCAGUGGUGACUCCAGAUCCCUCCAAAGUGCUAACCGCGCGUACUGGUCGUUCCAAGAACAUUACGGCUAUUGUUGCAGGCGUAGCCAGUGGUGUAGUGGUUCUGCUUCUUGGCAUCGGUUUCUGCUUGGUAGCUGCUUACCGGAGACGUAAACGCGGUGAUUACCAGCCUGCGAGUGAUGCAACAUCAGGGUGGCUUCCUCUGUCUCUCUAUGGAAACUCGCAUUCCGCUGGCUCGGGGAAGACAAACACAACAGGAAGCUACGCCUCUUCGCUCCCGUCGAAUCUCUGCCGUCAUUUCUCCUUCGCUGAGAUCAAAGCCGCCACUAAGAACUUCGAUGAGUCUAGGGUGCUUGGUGUUGGAGGUUUCGGAAAGGUUUACAGAGGAGAGAUUGAUGGUGGAACUACUAAAGUAGCCAUCAAGCGAGGCAAUCCGAUGUCGGAGCAAGGUGUACACGAGUUCCAGACUGAGAUUGAAAUGCUUUCAAAGCUUAGACAUCGUCACCUUGUCUCGUUGAUUGGGUACUGUGAAGAGAACUGCGAGAUGAUCCUAGUGUAUGACUACAUGGCUCAUGGCACAAUGCGAGAGCAUCUCUACAAAACUCAGAAUCCUUCUCUUCCCUGGAAGCAACGUCUUGAGAUCUGCAUCGGUGCAGCAAGAGGCUUGCACUAUCUACACACUGGUGCUAAACACACGAUCAUUCACAGAGAUGUGAAGACGACAAACAUCUUACUGGAUGAGAAAUGGGUGGCUAAGGUCUCUGAUUUCGGUCUGUCCAAGACCGGUCCUACACUAGACCACACGCACGUGAGCACUGUCGUGAAAGGAAGUUUUGGUUAUCUCGACCCAGAGUACUUCAGACGGCAGCAACUUACGGAGAAAUCCGACGUCUACUCCUUUGGCGUGGUUCUCUUCGAAGCUCUAUGCGCACGGCCGGCUCUGAACCCGACACUAGCGAAGGAGCAAGUGAGCUUAGCUGAGUGGGCACCGUACUGCUACAAGAAAGGCAUGCUUGAUCAAAUCGUUGAUCCGUAUCUCAAGGGGAAGAUCACGCCGGAGUGCUUCAAGAAAUUUGCUGAAACGGCGAUGAAAUGUGUGCUAGACCAGGGAAUUGAGAGACCUUCUAUGGGAGAUGUUCUUUGGAACUUGGAGUUCGCGUUGCAGCUUCAGGAAAGCGCGGAGGAGAGCGGGAAAGGAAUAUGCAGUGACAUGGACAUGGAUGAGAUCAAGUUCGACGAAGGAAACUGUAAAGGGAAGAACAACAGUGACAAGAGUGCUGAUGUGUAUGAAGGGAACGUGACUGACUCGAGGAGCAGUGGAAUAGACAUGAGCAUCGGUGGUCGGAGUUUGGCCAGUGAAGAUUCAGAUGGACUCACUCCAAGUGCUGUGUUUUCUCAGAUCAUGAAUCCCAAAGGACGUUAG